UGCCAAUAACAAACGCUAACAGACUUGUUAUAAUAAAAUGAUAUAUAACACUCAUUAGAAGUGGCAUAUAGUCAAUAACAGUGUUCUCUUGUUGCAGAUUUCCUCAUGAUAUCCUGUGUGAGAUAAUUUGAGGCGAUGGAGAGCCGUGUUGGCCUGGACUACAUAGUCGAGCAUGCGGAGUACACAGGGAAGCUCGCCGCGGCGCUCACAUCGCCCGCUGCGCCCGUUAAGAAACAGGUGUUCGAGCUACUAUCAGCUCUGUGCGUGUACAAUGCUGACGGGUACGCCAGAGCAGUCGACACCCUAGAGAGAUAUAAGUCUCUGAAAGGCGAGAGGUACCGGCUGAGCGUGGUGGUGGAAGAGCUGAAGAAUGCAGCCACCACGGACUACAAGACAGCACUGCUGGCCUUCAUCAACUGCCUCAUCAUCUCAGCACCACGGCUACCUGACAGGAUCCGCGUCAGGAAUGAGUUUAUUGGCCUGGGUCUUCUGCCGACAUUAAAUAAUUUAAGACAUGAGGCAGCCAGUCACCCCGACUUGGGCGUGCAGCUGGACGUGUUUGAGGAACAGAGGGAAAGUGAUGAGGCCCAAGGUCCUGGAGGUAUCAACCUCAACUCGCAUUUGGAUGUUUUCUACGCGAUACUAAAACAGGUAGCGGAUACUCCACAAGAGAUCCCAUUCCUGAGCAUACUACAGCAUCUCCUGAGGAUAGACCCCAAGGAGCCAGUGAGUGACAUUGUGUGGGACACUGCAGAGACGCUUGUCCACCGAGCCACACUCUUGGAGACCAGGGAAGAUGCUGCUAAGCUGCUCAGAGCACCAAGUGUUCAGGCAAAGGUGGGCUGUACCUGCCAACACCGUGAUAUCUCUGCUGGUGGCAGGAAACAGAGUCUACAGCGAGCUUUAUCACCACCGCCACCACCACCUCCUCCUGCAAUGGCAGGACCACCACCACCUCCCGCCCCGCUACCCCCACCGCCCCCAGGCGGUCCACCACCCCCACCAGUCCCACCGCCAAACUGCCCACCAUCACCACCAACGCCAGCAGUGGACAUUAAACUGCCGCAGCAGGAGACCCCCAUACCGAAGACUAAGAUGAAAACUAUAAAUUGGAAUAAAAUUCCUAACAACAAAGUCAUUGGUCAAAACAACAUUUGGUCGCUGGUAGCAUCGAGUCACAAACACUCACCGAAGGCAGACUUGGACUGGACUGAGAUCGAAGGCCUCUUCUGUCAACAGAUACAACCAACAGGAUCUGCCGGCUCCUCACCUAGGCUAGGAAGAAGUCCCAUCUGCGAUAGCUCUGGUGAGAGAAAACCGCGCAAAGAAUCUUCUGAGAUCACACUUCUGGAUGGCAAGAGGAGCCUUAACGUUAAUAUCUUCUUGAAGCAGUUUAGAAGUUCUAAUGAAGACAUAAUUCAAUUAAUUCGCGAGGGUGCUCAUGACGACAUCGGUACAGAGAAACUGCGUGGUCUUCUUAAGAUCUUGCCGGAAGUAGAUGAGUCUGAGAUGCUCAAGGCUUUCACCGGUGACGUCACGAAGUUGGGGACUGCUGAGAAAUUCUUAUUACAACUCAUUCAACUUCCUAACUACAAGCUGCGAAUUGAAUGUAUGCUACUAAAAGAAGAAUGGGCGUCAACAUCAGGAUAUUUGGAGAGUGCUAUCAACGCCAUUCUCGUAGCUGGUGACGACCUGAUGUCUUCAAGAGCUUUACAGGAGGUACUGUACAUAGCGCUAAUUGCGGGUAACUUUCUAAAUGCUGGUGGUUACGCUGGAGGCGCGGCAGGAGUCAAGCUGUCCUCCUUGCAGAAACUACCAGAUAUCAGGGCAAACAAACCUGGCAUGACGCUCAUGCAUUAUGUCGCUAUGCAAGCUGAACGCAAGAACAAAGAGCUGAUUCACUUCGCUGAUGACACGCGCGUGCUAGAAGAAGCUGCUAAGGCCACUGUGGAACAGCUGCAUAACGAGAUCAAGACCCUGGCCAACAGAAUACAAGGCUUGAAGAAAGAGAUCCAGAUGCCAAGCACGCAGCAGGAUAUUAAGGGGCAGAUGGGAGAUUUCUUGCAGGUGGCUGAACAAGAGGUGUCAGCUCUCGACAAAGAUAUGGAAGAGGUCGAAAGCAUCAGAAAACAACUUGCUGAAUUCUUCUGUGAAGACCCAGUGUCGUUUAAACUAGAGGAAUGUUUCAAGUUGUUCGUAUGGUUCUGCAGCAAGUUCAGGUCUGCUGUGAGUGACAAUGAAAGGCGAAGAGCUAAUGAAGAACAAGCUGCUGCUAGAAGACGAGCGAGGGACAUGGCUGCCGCCAGGGUUAAGACCGGAACAAGCAGUGUCAGCAGUACACCUGUAUCUGAGUGCGAGUCUCUCAUGGAGUCACUACUGCUGGACAUCAGGAACGGACUGGGCAGGAGAUCGCUUAGGAAACCUCAUGAUCCAUCUCCUUCACCUGAUGUAACUCCGACCGGUAGCUUACGUCGCAGAAGCAGGGCUAGUCCUGGUGAUGAUGAGGAAGGUUUACUGGAGUUCCUCCGUCAUUCGUCACCAGCUGCCAAUGAUCUACGUGAGAGAAGUGCUUGGGGCAGUCUCGAUCGUUCCUGGUCUCGCCGCGGCGCUGCCCGCGCCCGCCUGGAGAUCCCCGAGAGUGCGCGCGAGCGGCCUCCCUCGCCGCGCGCGCCGCACGCCCCCCCCACCCCCCCCCGCCUGCGCCUGCCUCGCCUGCACCUGCCUCGCCUGACACAGCGCCCGCUAAGCCCAAGGAGUGGCGGCAGAAGAUCGAGUCGUGGCUGCGCGCGAGCAGCCAGGAGGACGCGCGCCCGCGCACGCGCACCAUGCGCCUCCAUAACGACAAGCGCUCCUUGGAAAACGACUCCGAGAGCGAGCGAAGCGCAACCCUCGAGCCCUUGCCUGAGGGCCGCGCCGACUGGAGGCCUGCCGUACUUCCCGACAGCGAUGUUGUUAAGGCACUCGAGACUGUCGAAGAUGUACAACCUCAGAAAAAGGACAACAGAGUGCCUUGGAGGAAAACCGAAGAGAACGAGGAAAUGAGAAGGCUCAGAAGACAACGGUCACGACAACAGAUAGAGUCACCGCAACCGUUAAUAUCAAUACUAGAAGAGCAAAAGAAACUGCCCGAUAUAAAGGUCACUAGCGACAGAGAACUAACAACCGUCAGACAAGAGAGGAUAGAAAAAUCGGACAGGGUAGAAAUUGACUCAGAUAACAUCGAAACUCCACCAGCACAAAGGAAGUUCAAUUCAUCCUUUAAUCCUCCUCCAGAAAAAGAACCUUGCAGAAAAUUCCAACCGUCCUUACCCACCCGAUCUAAUGUCAGUGACAAAGCUUCUGCCGAAAUGAAAGAUCUUUGUCAAGAAAUUUUAGGUGAUGGUCAAUUUGACAGAUUUUCUGCCGCCAGGAGAACGAGGAGGUAUAAGAGGAACACCGAUUCCAAUAGUUCCCCUGAGGAAGAAAAGAAACCUGAGCCACCAGCACCAGAACUUAUAGCAGAAACUCAAGUAAUUAGACCUUCAAAAUUAGAAGUUCAGGCGUCAUAUAAAGUAGAAACCCCACAAGAAGUAGCAAAACCAAUUGAAGCUGGUAAGGAUGAAAAAGAAACCAGGUUGAAACGGUGGCAGGAUAGACUAAAGAGCCAAAGCACAGAUAAAACGACCAAAGAAACAAAACCAUACUUACGGAUGAGGCGGCAGACUUCUAUAAACCAGGAGGACGUGCAGAAAGCGAUUAGAGAACUAAAGUCUCCUGCUGACAACCCUACUGGAGUCUGGUCGAGAGACGGAUACAGAAAGUCUCUCAAUACCCGAACUGAAAAGGCUCCAGAGAAGGUUCCAGAAAGGACGACCUCUCCUAGAAUGUCGAAGGUCAAAAGUGAGCACGAAUUAAAUGAUGAAGGCUUUGAAGAAACCCAGAGUCUGAAUUCAGAGAGUGCCUCCCAGGGUGCUUCGUCGGGUUGCAAUGUGGAGUGUGAGUCACCUGUGCCGAAAAUCUCCAAGUCCCCAGUUCCCAAAUUGGGACAACCAAAGAAGAUAGCUACCAAAGAGACGAGGACGCCCCCUCGGACACCCAUUGACCCCAAACGUGUGAUUCCAAAACGGGCUAGUUCUUUAAGAGUGGAAAGGUCUACGUCUAGAGCGUCGUUAAGAAGCUCUAGGAGUUCUCUAA